UCGAACCCGUUUACAUCGAAUUACCCCGUAUAUCGAACAAUUUAUGAACAUUGUAUUGCUAAAAUGAGAAUAUAUAGCAAAAAAUACUAAUAUAUCGAACAAAAAUAGCAGCCGCGCUUGAUAUAUCGAACUUCAAGCCGCGCAAAACUGCUCCAGAAGUUGGCUUUCCCGCGUGGCGGCCGGGCGAGCUGCGCCAACAUCCAUCCCCCCCCCCCCCACUUGGCCAAAGUGGUUUAGCCCAACAGCGCUCGCACGGCGCUGCUAUAAAUAGAGUCCCAGCGCUGCUCUCGCUCCCUCAGACAGCCACCCAGCCACCCCUAGCAGAAGUGGUUCGACCGCGCACUCUGUUUACUCGCAGCCACGUGCGCCUGCAUUCUGGUUAUGUGACUCGCGCGACUGCCAUUGCGACUGCUUUGUUCCGUGUGCUUCGUUGCUUUGUGGGAGCGGUGAGCUCGUCCGCUUCGUGAAAGAUGGCUGCUGUGAAGCGACAGAACCUAACCAUAUCUUCAAAGCUGGAGAUCAUCAGAAGAGUUGAGCGCGGAGAAAAGAAGUCGGAUGUCGCCGCAGCGUACAGCAUCCCCAGAAGCACGCUGAGUACGAUUUUGAAAAAUAAGGCCGACAUUAGGGCUAAGGCGGACAAGAGGCCUGCUGCUACCACCAGCGCUCGACGAGUACGGACGGCUGCAUUUGAAGACGUAGAGGCUGCAGUGUAUAAGUGGUUUGUUGACGUUAGGUCGCAAAACAUCCCCGUUUCUGGCCCAAUGAUCGAACAGAAAGCAAAGGAUUUCGCUUUCAUGCUGAACAGACAUGACUUCAGAGGCGGCUCAGGCUGGCUGCAGCGGUUUAAAGAGCGUCACGGCAUUGUCGGCCGUGCUGUCACCGGUGAAAGCCGCGCUGUAGAUCUCGGCAGCGUGCAAAAGUGGAUUGAUGAAAAUUGGAACGACAUUAAAGCAAGGUACCAUCCUCGUGAUAUAUUCAACGCCGAUGAGACUGCUUUAUUCUGGCAAAUGCUUCCGAACAGAACGCUGGCCUGUCGUGAUGACAAGUCCCACGGCGGGAAGGUCAAUAAAGCCAGAAUAUCCGUGUUGCUCGCCACCAACGUCGACGGGUCAACCAAGCUUCGACCGCUCGUAAUAGGAAAGAGCAAAUCACCGCGGUGCCUAAAGAACGCACUUUCUGUCCCGGUGUCUUACAGAUCGAAUGGGAAAGCUUGGAUGACAAGCGAACUUUUUGGCAAGUGGCUCAAGUCCUGGGACGACGACCUGGUAAGCCAAGGCAGAAAGGUCUGCUUACUGGUUGAUAACUGCUCUGCCCACCAUUGCAACGUCAGCGUCAGCAACAUCGAGCUUCGUUUUCUUCCGCCGAACACAACGUCGGUGCUGCAGCCUUUAGACCAAGGUGUCAUUCGUGCACUGAAGGCAGGCUACAGAAAGCGACUUGUGCAGAGGCUUUUGCUAAACCUCCGCACUGGCCGGGAGCUGAAAAUUGACCUCCUGGGAGCAAUAACCAUGCUGAAUGGGUCAUGGAACGACGUCAAACAAGAAACAAUUCAGAACUGCUUCCGUCAUUGUGGACUCUCUGCUUCCGGCGAGGCUGGCGCGAGCUCAUCAAACAAUCACCAUGAACCCCUGGAUAGCGGUGAACCGCUGGAGGAACUUGAUGAGUUGUUUAGCCAGCUUGCCGAGUUCCCGGGUGCUGUUUGUGAUGGGACUGCAGCAACAGACUUCGUCUCCGUCGACGACGAUGUUCCGACAACCGGAGAGCUCGCUGACGAAGACAUCAUUGCCGACCUCACUAGGGAUGCCGCCGGCGACAGUAACUGUCAGGAUACGACGAGUUCGUACCCGCCAUCGUGUUCCGACGCACUUAACGCGCUGAGCGUUGUUCGCCGUCACUGUGAGUCAAUAGAAGGCUGUGGGCUCAGCUGUUCUCAGUCGCUCGAUAACGUUGAGAAGUGCAUGCUUAAUAAUGCUUUCAAAAUCAAAAAGCAGAAGAAGAUCAACGACUAUUUCUCGCAUUAAUAGUCCCACCGUACAUGUUUUUAUCAAAUAAAGAAUGCUUUUUACUGAGGUGCGGUUUGUACAUUGCCAAAUUUGUUAAAAGUUGUAUUUCGAAUUACACGAUAUAUCGAAGUGAUUCCCGUUUUUUUACGAGUUCGAUAUAUCCGGGUUUGACUGUAUUCGAACGAGCGACGAUCCAUCGCUGACCUGGGAGCUUUCAUAAAUCCGAAUUCUGCGAGUGUCAAACGAAGAAAGACGCCGGCGUGGUUUUCUAAGCAGACAACUGCGGUCCGCCAUGGUUGCCAGCUUCCCCGCUGCUGCAGCAGCAACCAAUGGCGAGACGCCUUUCAGUACGGCAACCAAUCGGAGGCCCGCUUUCAUCGCAGGGCCCGUGUGACCGCCUCUAGCAGACCCGCGCUUCUUUUGUGUUUGUGUGUUUGUUACAAGAUGGCGACGACCGAAGAAUUCAGAAACGGAAUGGCGAAACUUCGAGCUUUCGAACGAUACCAAGAUGGCGGCGUUCGGUGGCGGGAAAGACGAGUUAGGGCUCCGCGAACUGCGAUGAUUUUACGCGAUUUUAAGCCGUUUUCUCGCCCUACGCACUGAUAAAUUAAUUUUUUUCGGCCACUUUUAGCGCGUUUUCAGUCAAACCAUUUUGAUACAAUGUAGAUUAGGCAUUGCAGAUACCGAAAC